AGUCUGAUCGCGUUUUUUAGGCAAGCGCGCCACCUCCACUUUUUUCCAGCCUUAUGGCCGUUCGCGCGGUAGCGCUUCUGGCGCUUGCCCACGCACGAGUGCUGCAAUUGGACCUGUUCGGCACGGACGCCGGGGGCUGCGUAUCCAGCCCAUGCCGCAGCUUGUCCUUUGCCAUCGGGCAAGUGGAGGACGGGGACGAGAUCCAUGUGAGCGCUGGGACCUUCGUCGGACCUUUCAACCGGAACCUGGCGCCGGGCAGCAUGGGCAAGAGCAACUUCACGGUGAAAGGAGCCGGGGCUGGCGUCACCGUGUUCGACCUGCAGAGCCAGGGCCGGUUUAUGCUGCUAGACAGCUCGGCGGGCCUCGUGCGCGUACAGCACCUCACUGUGGCGAGGGGGAGUUGCGAGCAUCUUACAUCCGGAGCCGAAUUUGGCGCCGGUUUUGCAUUGCUGGCCUCUCCCGCGGUGUUGGAGGACCUGCACUUGCACGACAUGGACUGCAGCGCUUCCACGAUUGAGCCCUUGGUGUGGAAUGGAGGGGCCAUCUAUUUGAAGGACUCGCAGGCCUUGCUUCGGCGUGUGCUGGCCACCGAUUGCGUGGCCAACCACGGGGCCGCGGUGGCGUCCUGGGGCAGUGACCGGUCGGUGGUGCUGGAUAGUGUUUUUGAGCGCCACUUCACCACAGGAUGGGGCGGCACCAUGCUCAUGGAGGAGAACUCGGAGACGGAGUUCCACCGAUGUCGCUUCUCACACGGUGAGAGCCCAUAUGGCGGGCACAUGGACGACGGAAGCUUUGCGCGACCUCUGUUCUCCGAGUGCCUUUUCGAGUACGGCAGGGCCCUGCAUGGCUCAACCUACUACGGCUACGGGGAGUCCGCCGCGCGCUUCGUAAACUCGGUGAUGCGCUUCGGCUACGCCCAGGGCUCAGGAGCAGCUUAUUUGACCUCAAGCGUGCGCCCGGUCUUCGAGAACGUCACCUUUCUCAAUAACACCGCCUUAGAAGGGGCCGGCUUGCGAUCCUAUUCGCCGGGCCUGCUGCUCAAGAAUUGCAAGUUCAUCGACAAUUAUGCUACGGCGAACGGCCAGGACGCCGCCAUCCAGGAAAACGGAGGGGGCCUCAUCCUGGAAGACUGCGACUUCGAAGGGAACAGGGCCGGCACCAAGGCCGGCGCGAUCUCUUUGCACAUAGAGCCCUCCAGUUCACUCUCCAUCUUCCGGCGGGUGCGCUUCCGCAACAACUCCGCGAAGCUCGGGGGGGCGCUGGCGCUCUCGCGCAGCCCCGACGGGGUGUCAGGCCAUGUCCUCCACAUGGAGGACGUGCUCUUUGAGGGCAACCGGGCAGAAGAAGCUGGGGGCGCCAUCAGCCUGACCGGUGGCGCGGGCGUUACCAUGCGGAACAUCACGUUCCGGAGCAACCACGCUGCUUCACAUGGCGGGGCCAUUGCCAUCAAUCUCAUCGAUGUAUAUCCGCUGACGGUCGAGAUCAACGACACGCUGCUGCAGGAGAACGAGGCCUACGGCCACGGGGGCGCCAUCUCCUGCGAGGAGCUGUCGCGGCCCAGCGCCCUGACUCUGCACAACGUGAGCUUUCUGGAGAACUCCGCCUAUGGGGACGGUGCGGGGCUGCGCUUUGCCUGCUCCCAGCUGCGCCUCAGCAACACCUCCUUCCGCCGCAACGUGGCGGCGGGCAACGGCGGCGCCUUGAAGCUCUACAGCCAGCUGCAGUGCGGCGAGGAGACGCUCUUCGAGAAUGUGGAGCUUCUGGAAAACAGGGCCAAGCUCGGGGCCGGGGUCUUCUUCAGCUACGCGGAUCCCAGCUGCGCGGUGCCCACCCAGGGUCCGGACGGCGCCUGGGCCACCUCCGUCCCCUCGGCCUGGCGCUGGGCCGACUUCCCCGGCGCCGUGCGCGGCAACGCGGCCACGCUGCAGGGGGACCUCCAGGCCACCAUGCCCGAGAGAAUCGAGCUCGCCUGCGGCAAAGGCAACUGCACCGAGCUGGGCCUGAUCGGCACGGAGCUGGGCCAGAUCGAGAUCGCCGGCUUCCCAGGGGUCCUCCUGUACUUCACCGCCAGCCUCAGGGAUAGUUUCGGGCAAAUCUACGUGGAUGACACCCUCACUUUGGAGCUCGAAGUGUCCAAGACGCUGCCUUGCGUGCUGAAAGGUGCGGUGAAGCAUCGCUUCACGGAAGGCGUUGCAGCAGUGCAAUCCGUACGAGUCGUGGCCUCCGAAGAAGGGGCUUGGAGUCCCUUCUGCAGCAUCUUGGUGCGGCUUCCCUUGUCCAUCUACGAGCUCCAGAAGGUCAGCACUGCAGAGGUGCGAGUGGCCAUGGGCAAUUCUUACUUGGACUGCCCCGAAGGCCACAUCUCAGAGAAGAAGGUGAAGGGCCUGUGGCAGUGCAAGCCCUGCCCGGCGGGGACCUUUGAAGCUCUGGGCCAGUGCCGGGCCUGCGGCGUUGGGACCUUCUCCAUGGAGGAGGGCAGCAGCAGCUGCGACGACUGCCCAGUGGGGCAUGGCUGCCCUCGCGGCGCCAGCAUCCCGGCGGCUUGCGUGCCAGGCUUCUUCCAAGACCAGCGAGGCGCGCAGAAUUGCUUACGUUGCCCCAUCGGCAGCUUCAGCAGCGAGUACGGCUCCAGCCUCUGCGAGGCCUGCGGCCUGGGCAUGGUGACCGGGGAGUCGGGCGGUAGCAGCUUUGCGGCCUGCGUCUGCGCGGAGGGCAAGUUCAUGGUGAACGGCACCGGCUGCGCGGACUGCUUCAGCGGCAUGAUCUGCCCCCAGGGCCUGGGCGAGCCGCUGCAGGCGGCAGGCUACUGGGCCCAGGUGCUGGACCAGCAGCAAGGGGAGUAUUCCGUGCUGAGAUGCCGGAGCACCUUGGAGUGCCCGGAAGGGCCGCCGGAGCUUUGCGCGGACAAUCGCGAGGGCCCCGCGUGCAACAACUGCAAGUCCACUUUCUAUCCCACCCACGAAGGUCAUUGCCUCGCCUGCGGGUCCUUAGAUGCGCUGCCGGUCUAUGUCUUGCUGAUGUUCGCCUGGCUACUGCUGGCUGGCCUGAUGAAUUGGGUGAACAUGGACCUCAGCCAGUCCAGCUUGAACAAGCUCACCAUUGCUGCGGUGGCCAAUCAGCUUUGCUUCGCCAUUCAGGCCCUUUCCACCAUUCGCCAGCUUCAACUGACUUGGCCGGAGCCGGUGGCAACCCUCAUGGACCUGGCCAAUUUGAUCACCAUGUUCGACCUGGACUUCCUGAAGAUCGCCUGCGCCUCCCAGCGUGACCACCCGGCGGUGAAGCUGCUGGGCCAGCUGCUGGCCAUCCCUCUGCUGGCGCUGGGGGUGGCCUCGAUUUGCAUCCUGCAGCGGGCGCUCGGAAGGCGGAACAUGCCCUAUGACCACUUCUUCAACAUCAUAGGCAUCAUCCUGUUCGCUUUCUCCUUGAGCCUCUCCCUCGCGGCGGUCAUGCCCUUCCAGUGCCUGCCGAACCCAAAUGGAACCUCCUCCGGGGCGAGGAAUCCGGGGGUGAUUUGCUACCAGUCCACGGACCAUUGGAUCCUGGUGAUCAUCGGCAUUUGCGGGAUCUUGGCCUAUCCCGUGGCCACGCUGAGCUGGGCGGUGUGGACCACCAUCCAGUACCCCUCCCGGGCGGCCACGGGCAAAGGCUUGGCCUUGCUCUACCGCUACCGCUUCUUCUUCCAGCGCUUCAGGAACAAAUGUUAUGGCUACGGCCUGGUGAUCCUGAUUCGCAACUUCCUGCUGGCGCUGGUGCCGGUGCUCCUGGUGCCCUUGCCCUUUCUGCAGGUCUUGGUGGUGGGCCUCGUUCUGCUGGCCAGCCUGGUGAUCCAGGUUCGUUUCUGGCCGUGGAGGACGCCAUAUGCCAACACCGUGGACCUGCUGAUGACCGGGUUCUUGAUCGUCACCCUGCUGGGCGUUGCGCCUUUGUUGGAUGUCUCGUCUACCGAUGCAACCGCGGUGCUGGGCUACCUGCUCUGCAUACCGGUGCUGGCUCCCAUAGUCGUUGCCUUCACCAUGGUGGUUUGGUCCGGGUGGCGGUCCAUGGGCAGCGCGCGCAAGUUCGACAUCUUCCUUUGCCACCACAAGGGCGGAGCGGGGGCGCUGGCCCGCUAUGUCAAGCUGAUGCUCACAAGGCAAGCGCAGUGCCACGUGUUCCUGGACGCCGACUCCUUGGAGAGCUUGGACCAGCUCUUCGACACCGUCCGCGAUCACACCAACCACUUCGUCAUGCUGCUCACCCAGCAGCUGCUGAAGCGCAUGUGGUGCGCCGGCGAGAUCGCCACGGCCUACAAGAACCGCAUCACGAUGAUCCCGGUGGUCUGCGACGACUUUCGGCACCCCAGCGGCGGCGAGAUGGAGGGCAUCCCCUCGCUGUGGACCGCCGAGCAGAAGCACCCGCUGGCCUGCUAUGGCAUUACCAACUCCGACGUGGUGAGCGCGUACAAGCACCUCCAGCUCCUGCCGGAGCUGAAGUUCCCGCGCUUCGGCACCAGCGACGAGAAGAUCGCGGUGCUCUUUGACCUGGCGGCCAAGUGUCAGCUCUACAAGCGCCCCGCCGCCAGCGAAGGCGAGCCGGCGCCGAGGCCCCGGAUUCUGCUGACGGGCGCCGUGGCCGACGCGGAGGCCAUGAGCAUCUGUGACAUCACCCAGAUCAUGAUCCAGGAGCGCUUGCACGUGGUGUGCGGCGUUACCAGGAACCAGGAGGAGGCCCGGAGCCUCAUGCGCUACGCCUCCUACAUGGUCUUCAUCUUGUCCCGCGGGGUCUUGCGGGACCCCGGCUUCGCGCAGAUCUUGUUGCUGGCCCACGGGCAGAGCGGGAGCAGCGGCACCAGGUCGGUCUCACGGAUUUUGUCAAACCGUUCUGAUCGCUCGCUGGAGUGUCUGCCGGUGAUUGCCGAUACGCACUUCGAGUUUCCGACCCCGGAGUUUUACCAGGAGCUCGCCUCCUUCGGCCUGGGCUUCGGGCCUGAGGUGGGGUGCAAGCUGGAGACGGCUUAUCGCCAGCUGCUGCAGAUGCUGGCGCUUCCCUUGGCGCCCAAUGGCUCCGAGGGCCUCAUCGAGAAGCAGAUCUACGAAAUUUGCAUCAGGUUCCGGCGCUAUGCCGACAGCAUGCAGGGCAUGGCCUUGGAUCAGCAGGCCGACUUCAUUUCGGAGUCGGAGGGAAGCCACUUCUGUGGCUUCGAUGAUGCGGACAUGACCGAGUCCACUGACAACUUUGCCAUGCGCCCGCUGGCAAGCGCGAGCAGUACGUCCGUGUCGCUGACCAUGUUCCUUUCCCCGGCAGAUCUGGCUGACUCGGAGCAUUGCAUGGAAGAAGGCGAAGAAGAAGACACGGACGACCAGAUUUCGGAACAUUUCUAAGCCAACGGCUUGGACGCUCCAAGCGUUCCCUGCCAUCGCUCGCCCGCAAGCAUGGGCAUGCAGCGGCGUAGCGGACAUUUGAUCGCAGCCAGGAUGCUGCAUAAUAGUCGCCCGGCCGGCUGGAAAGAAAUCACUUUCCAGGGUCGGCAGCAAGGCGUACAGCGUGGGCACUCCUGAAAGGAUGCCCGAUGCUGCUUGAGAUCGAACUAAGUUGACAAGCCGACGUUUAAGGCUGCCUCGGACAGUCUUUGCAUCACCUGCGAGGUAUUCCCUGCU